AUGACUGCCGUGUCGACAUAUGUGCCCCUCGUUACGCUGAAUGAGAAACAGCAAACUAUUUCGUAUCAAGAAGUUUAUCCGGAACAACGCUCGGAACCUAUCUUCGUCAAUCCUAAUGUGCAGGAGGCAAUCGUACCACAGCUCGGACGGGCCACUCAGCGUGCGCUGUUAUUGACAGCUGCGCAUGAACAGUACACGCUGGUCACCGAUCAUGCGAUUCCAUCAAUAUCGAACAAGGACGAGAUCCUGGUCAAGAUUGUGGCGAUUGGUUUGAACCCGAUCGACUGGAAGGGCCCAGCUUUCAAUUUCGGCAUUCCGAGCUUACCAUGGGUUAAUGGUCGUGAUUUAGCCGGUGUCGUCGUUAAGGCAGAUAAGUCUUCACGAGUACAAGAGGGCGACAUAGUUCUUGUGCCUUCCACCGAUUAUCGCGAUAUUCGAAAGGCGGCUUUCCAAGAAUAUGCUAUCGCGACCCAUUUCAAUGCUGCACGCAUCCCGCCCACCCAAAGUAUCCACGCUUCUGCCUCCCUAGGAGUUGCCUUUGUGGCAUCUGCCCUUGCCUUGGGCGUCUCACUGGGAUUGGACUUCUCCUAUGCAUCGGCAUGCCCGGGACCGGACCUCGCAGAAGUGGUUCGCCGAUUAGACACCGAUACUAUCCCAGCUGAUAUCAGAGAAGAGUGUUACUCCGGUCUCUCCAAAAUCGAAAAAGUCAAGUCCGGCGACUGGAUCGCCAUUUGGGGAGCCUCUACCACGACUGGAUAUAUCACGUUACAACUCGCCAAACUUGCUGGCUUAAAGGUAAUCUGCGUGGCAGAUAUUGCCCGUCACGGUGCGCGACUAGUUGAUCUAGGGGCCGAUGCUCUGGUGGACCGACACGAUACCCAGCGCGCAGUCGACAUCAUCAAAGGAUUGACAAAGGGCAAGCUUCGAUACGCCAUUGACAUUGUCGGCAAAGACACUGCGACUCUGCUUCAACAAACGCUCGACGCUACUGUUCGCGGAGACGGAUCACACGCUCAUCUUCUGGGCCUGACAGGCCUCCCCAAGGCCAGAAGCUCCAAUAUCAUUUACCAUACAGUUCCGAUUAAAUUGUUCCAUACGUCACCACAGGUAGGAGAGCGGAUGGUCUCGUGGCUCGAGGAUCUAUUACAUUCAGGUGCUCUUGAACUACCAGAGAUUAUUCGCACAGAAGGAGGCUUGGGUAAUGUGAAUGCGUCGUUAGAACUUCUUCGACAAGGCACAGCGUCGGGGAAGCGCAUAGUUGUUGAUCUUGCAGGAUAA